AUGCGGGGUUUAUCGAUCGGAGCGGCCUCGGUACUGCUUAGAAUCGCAGUCGUAAUCUCCCUGAAACGCUCAAUAAAUGAAGUGAAGGUUCCUUCUUGCGAUGGAUUCCAUAACAUUUACCUUGAUAACAUAGAAGAAGAUCAAGAAGAAGAAGAAGAUGAUGAGGAAACCACCACAGCAACAACAAUAACCGGUAGAGGCAAUGACCAUGACUACGAUUUCUAUAGGAACACAUGUCCACAAGCUGAAACCAUAGUCAGGUCGAAAAUGGCUCAAAUCGUCUCUCGGCAUAACGAUGUUCCUGCUGCUCUAUUGCGCCUCUUCUUUCAUGACUGCUUUGUCAAGGGUUGUGAUGCUUCAGUCAUCUUAACUGACAGCAAAGGUGAACGAAGCAAUUUCACUGAGAGGCAAGCUGUGCCAAAUAGGACAUUGAAAGGUUUUGACAUAUUAGAUUUGAUUAAGGAGGAGGUUGAAAAGGCUUGUCCUGGAGUAGUAUCAUGUGCUGACAUACUUGCACUUGCCACCAGAGAUGGCAUUCUUCUGGUUGGUGGCCCAUUUUACCCUGUAUUCACGGGUAGAAGGGAUAGCAUUCACUCUUACUUCAAUGAAGCAGUUGUUGAGAUUCCAAAUCCUGAUGGUAACCUCUCGGAGACACUUCACCUCUUUGGCCUUAAAGGUUUUGAUGAAAGAGAGACAGUCACUCUUUUAGGGGCACAUAAUAUUGGAAAAAUUAGCUGUGAGUUUAUUCAGAAUCGCCUCUACAAUUUCUUAGCGACUGGACAGCCAGACCCAAGUGUUCCAUUGGAUUUUCUCAAUGAAAUGAGAAUAAAUUGUCAAGAAAUUCGUGACAGCAGAAAUGGUUUGUCUCCUACAGCUGCAAAUCCAUCUAUCUCGGAAAGUACUAUCUUCCGAGGACUAACUUCAAUUUCCUCUGGAGCUGGUUUUGACAAUCACUUUUAUCAGAACUUGGUAAGGGGAAGAGGACUCCUCUUUUCUGAUCAACAACUAAUGGCUGAUGAGAAGACUGCUAGAUACGUAAGGGAUUAUGCCUUUGGUGAUGGAUCAGCCUUUAGAACAGACUUUGCCAGGGUUAUGGUAAAGAUAUCUAUACUCAAUGUAUUGACAGGAUUCCAAGGUCAGGUCCGAACUAACUGUUCCCUGCCUCUCUAUGGCUCUUAAACAACAGUCUUCUAACCUGGUUGUGCAUUUUGAGAUUCUCCAUUUCUUUACUAGUUUAAUGUACUAGUAUCUCCAGGAGUUGUACAAUUGAUGAAAAACCUUUUGCUUCAAUACCUUCAACUACUACUAGACCCGAUUGUGGAGCGGUAAUCAAGUUGAGGAUGACAUUUUGAUCUGUUUGCAAGUUUGAUCAGGAGAAAUCUGGACAAGUAAUAUCUGUAGCGUACGAGCAUGAUUUCACCCCAGCAUUUUUGCCUGGUAUUUGGAAACUAUUCUGUGUGAGUGUGAAGCAUUAAUUUGCAAAUUCCUAGCUGUCAUGGUAAUCACUCACAGGAUUCCUAGAUGUCGGAUUAUUAUCAUCUGUCUGUGUAGAGACUGUUGUCUCUAGAAAUGCAAGAUUCUGUCAACCCUUUUGGUUGUCAAAAAUGGGAAUGUCAAAACAUAAAAUCUUUUAGUUAUCAUAAUUGUCAUCUUCUUCUUCUUUGUUUUA